AUGGCACAAGAGAAGCAGGAACGAGCUGGAGAUCUUCAGCACACCCUGGGCAUCACUGGCUCCACCAGGAAAUUUGAAACGCAGACGAAAUACGUGGGAAGAGGGCAUCUGGCCUGCAGAUACCUGCCGGCUUACAGGAGGCCGGUGUCCCAGGAGCACCAAAGCCGGAGCUGCGCUGAGCUGCGCUCUUGUGGGCUCAGCCGACUCGCACCCGGCUCCGGAGAGCGGUUUCCAGGGAUGCCUGAAGUGACUCAAGAGGAAACCUUCUUCCUCCUGGGACAGCCUCUGCUCCACGUCCCGGGCAGCCGCAGCUCCUGCAACGCCAACGCAGCCUGCGGCACGGACGCGCCCACAGAGACGGAGCCAGGAUCGUUCCUGUGCGAGUCUCCGGCCGGCUCCCUUCGAGCUGCGGCUUGGCAGGCGCGAGGCCCGGGAAGGAAGCAGCUCCACGUGCAUGGGCUGGCCGGGCACCGCGACCCCGCGCGGGCCCUUCCGCCACGUCCUGGGCCAACGCGGGCCCCAACGGACGCUGCGCACUGUCGGCGCACGGGGGCAAAACCGUUGCCUGCGGCCCUUCGCCCCGUGAAACCGCCAAGCGAAAUAAGCAGGGAGCAAACGGCCUUCUUUAAAGCUGUGAUUGCACCCACCCUGUCCCCCCCUCCCCGCUCGGUGCAGGCCCUGCAGCCCCCGCGGCCUCCCGGCGAGGAAGAGGGUUACGGUGCGCAGCUGCAGCACUCCUCCGCAAAAACAGGCGUUUUAAUGUACUUUGAGGGCACACGCCGUGCUUCAUAUACAGUGUCAAACACUGUUAAGAAUAAGGGCUUAUUACCAGUUUAUCAAGGUGCAUUUUGCAGUGUCUUCCCAGCUGCAGGUAGUAAAGUGACCGGCCCUGACUUAACCACCCUGCUUGCUGCAGCGGCAGCAAACGCAGCAAUGCUUCGGGAGUUUUUUUGGGAGCCGCAGCAGCGCGCCCGGGAGCCCCAGCACCUCCAGCCCAGUCACCACGUUUGCACGCAAAACAUGCGGAGUGAUGAAGCAAGCGCGAAGGCAAAGUGGCGGAAUUUGUCAUAUGUGGCUGGACUCGGUGGCCACAAACCUCCCUGGUUUUACUGGUCCCGCUCUGGAAAUGCCUUUCAGGCUACCGAGGUCUCGGGCACCCCGUCACGCCUGGGUGCAGCAAGCCCAGAGUGCCCCAUUAAAUCCUUCCCUUGCGACGCCCACGUUGUCUCAAGCCAAGGUUUUAACUACCUGGCCAUUAAGUGCUUGAGCAGGCUGUACCUGCUGCGCUAUCGCCCGGUGCCCGGCUCUGCCCAGGGCAGGGGCGCGCGGGGAAGGGACUCUCCUCCUGCCUCCCGCAGCGAUCCGCUGCCUUCGCAGCCGCAGAUCACCCUCCCACCAGCCUUCCCGGCUCAACCUGGCACGGCGCUUUUCCAGCACUGCGCCUGGAUCUGCCGGCUGCCAGCAGAUUUCCCGGGGGCUAACGUGAUCUGGGAGCGGUGGAGAGGGUCCUCUUUGAGGAAGACAGUUUCAGACUUCACUGCGAAGGAGAAAGAAAAGAUGGCUGAGGCAGAGCUCAGGAAACUGCAGCAACGGUUUCGGAUAUUGGCGGAAAGCAAGAAAUCUUUUGGAGCCAACAUGAAGCACCAAAUGUACACUCAGGAGAAAGAAAUAAAUUCACUGAAGCAAGAACACAAAGAGAUGUCAUUAAUGCUGAGCCAUAUUAAGUCCCCAAGAAACAUGAUGCUGGAUGACAGAAAUCGUGUGGAGUUUAAAUUCCUUUUGCAGACCAAAGAUCAGUAUGACUCUCUGAUUAGAGCCAGAAAAGCCAUGUUAGCUGACCUGGACAAAAAGAUAAUGGAGAUGGAAAAAAAGAUUACAAGACAAAACCUGAUAGCAGCAAAGGUGAAGCAAGCAAACAGUAGCAAAUGGCUGAAAAAGAAGAUUCAGACACUGGAGAUGCGUCUAAACCAUGUCACUGUCCAUUUUGAUACCAUCCUAACCACCAAUACCAAGCUCCGAGGAGAGAUUGAAAACCUGCGAAUCCAGAAAGCCAUUUUGGACAACUUCUCCUUAAACCUCCACAAGAAGCUGGAUCAGCAGAACAGAAGGAUGGACACUGUCAUUGAGCGGUCCACGCAAGCCUAUGAGCAGCGGGCAGAGACCCUGGCAAGGACUUCUGCCAUGAAGGAAAGGCACUGCAAAGACACUGUCCAGUACAACAUCGAGCUGCAGGAGCGGGAGCGUAUCCUGGACCAGGAGACCAAGCUGAAAACUUUCAUGCUCAUCAAAUUUAUGGAUCGCUCUGAAUUGGAGGAACAGGCCAAAAAGGAAGAAGCCUUGAAGGCGAUCCAGCGGGCAAAGCGGAGACGAGGUGAGAGCUUCGAGAGUCGGGAGGUGGCUUACCGGCGCCUGCUGGAGCUGGCAGAGAAUGGGGACAUCGACUGGCUGGUAAAGGGGUUCAUUGCAAAGGAGGAGAAGAACUUUGCCUACUUCAGCUAUGCCACUGAGCUGAACAAUGAGAUGGAGAGGCUGCAGAAGAAGAUCAAGGACCUCCAGAAUGAAAUUACGCUCCUAGAGAUGGAGCAGGACAACGCAGAGAGCAGUGACCUUCACAUCCUGACAGAGUUAGAGGAAAAGCUAAGAAAAGCCACCGAGGAAGCCAACCGGUAUGAAGACAGCUGCAAAGAGAGCAGCAAAAUCCUGGGCCAGCGCAAAUCUGCUGUGGAGUUCCUGUUCAAACAGAUGAAUUGCGACGCCACGAAGAUAAAGGAGCAGCUGGGGGAGAACGGGGAGAUCACGGAUCUGAACCUGCUGCAGUUCUUCGAUAUCAUAGAGAAGAAGACCAACGAGCUGCUGCUGAUGGCGUCCGUGCUGCGCUACGCGGCGGCGGAGGCCGAGGGGGAGCAGUACGCCGUGCCCUUCGCCAACCCGCUCCUGGGUGGCACCGGGCUCCUCAAGACCAUGGACAGGACCCGGCUCUGCCCGCCGCCCCCCGGCAGGUCUGCAGCACAGAGAGCUGGGCAAGGAUGGGAUCAAGGAGAGGAGCUGGUGACAGAGGGGACAAAGAGACCCCCAGUAUGA